CCUUACUGUACCGCACCACGCGUUUGUUCGAAGACGCGUCCUUUUAUUCUCGAUCACAACGAGAAAUCUCCCUCUGGUUGCUUGUUGAAUGAGACGAUGAAGAGAUAGAAGAGUCUAGCUAGUAGUAGUAGCUAGCUAGGUCCAUUAAUUUAUGCAAGCAUGACCACUACCAGCGAUGAAGAUCCUCCUGCAUAUGAGGACGCCUCAUCAUCUAUCGAUGUCGCCGAGAGCUCAGUGACACAGCUCAACGGCAGCAGCAGUGCGCCACCCACCACCAAGCUUUGGAAAAAGAAGAAAACCAAGAAUGGUGUCAAUAGUAAGAACAAUAAGAAACCAAUGGUACCACCCCCAGAACCUCGAAAGCACAGUCUGAUACGGAAACGAUCCUUGACAUUUGGCAAUCCUGCCCUGGGAACCUAUCAUGGUUGUGUCUACACAUUGGAUGAAGUGGGCCAAGAUUUGUUGGGUGCCAGUCGACCCAUUAUCGAGGGAGCCGAGUCGGUGGAACGGGUGGUGGCCAUGGUGGAUGUCCCACCGGAAGAAGUACCCGAAGGAGUCUUGAAUUUGGCACAGUCUCAUCGGCCGUUUCUCUAUCAUGUUCGAAUUGUGAUUGCGGAAGAAACGGAGGAUUUUCACAUGAAUGGUCAAGCAGCAAAUAAUGAGAAUGAUAAGAAUAAUCAUCACAAGAACGGCCAGGGUAUCAAUGGGGAUAACAACAAGGCGAUGGAAUCACUGGGAGGUGGACAGGAAGAAACCAAAGAAGGGGCCUUUCACCUACGCCAAAACAGCAACGAACCAACGGUAGCAACAUCAUCCCUUCUCGAGGUCUCUGCUGCAGAGAACGCUGCUUCGAUCCUGGCCGCAGAUGACACACAGCAACAAUCAACAUCCAACAAUCAUGACAUUCAUAAAACUGAAAAUGGCGUAAAGGAAUCACAACAACAAGACAACCACACGUCCGACAGCAACAACCACCACCACAAAAACAGCCGAGUCUCUUCAACGAGAAGCUAUCUGGUGUUAUUGGAACUUUGCAGUGUGGAUGCAGCUGAAGCUUUCGUGGAAGAUUUACAUGGCAAACCCUACACUAGUUUGGAUCCAACACAAAAGUGCAGUGUCCAUCAGGUCCUGGCUCUAACGGGGGAAGAUGGAGUGUCACUGCUCUCUCCCUUUUUUGCACCCCCUGCCAAGACUGCCACCAAAGUAGCCAAACCGUCAAACUCCAGCAAGAUAUCGGUACCUCCCGCUCCCAUUGUGGAAGAUUACAACUGUGCCGUUUGCUUGGAGCACAUUAAUUUUACAGAAGAAGACGACAAUGCGGGCGAAUCAUCAUCCACUCCAUCGUCCAUCCUGACGACAGUCUGCAAUCACACAUUCCACUUGAAUUGCUUGCUACAAUGGCAAGACUCACCGUGCCCGGUAUGUCGCUACGAUCAUUCGGGCCUCAACGAAGCACUCAGUCAAUGCAAUGUCUGUGGAAGGACGGAACACAAUUAUGUCUGUCUGAUUUGUGGUGUCGUUUCCUGCGGAGGUCCUCCCAUUCGAAACACCACGCCGGGCACCACAGAUUCCUCUGCAGACAAUGCCCUCGAGCAGCGCAUGUGUGGCAUGGCUUCUUCUUCGUCGCCCCGACAACAGCAAGAACAACUCCCACCGAUUGACAAUUCACGUCAGCUAUCGCAAUCCCAUGCGCGAAAACAUUACGAUGACACACUGCACGCGUACGCGUUGGACACCGAUACGCAGCAUGUGUGGGAUUUUGCUGGACAGGGUUACGUGCACCGGUUGCUUCAAAACAAAGAAGAUGGCAAAUUGGUGGAAGUGCAUGAUCCGACCAACUUAUCAUCCAAUGAACGAUCACUCAACCCUGGCUUGUCAGAUACACAAGAGGGGGAAGUUGUGCAUCGCAAGUUGGAAGGAUUUGCAUCUCAGUAUUACACUUUGCUCAAGAGUCAAUUGGAACAACAACGAACGUACUAUCAGGGACGAUUGCAAGAGUUGCGCCGCGAAAGCCUGAUGCGAAAGAAGGCUCAAACGAGUGACUUGAUUCACGCAUUGAAACAAGAGAAAGCACAGUUAUCCCGACGUCUUGGAUCGUUAAAGACCCGUCACAACAAAGUCGUGGAUGAUAUUGCGUUUCUCAAGAACAUGAAUGAAAGUCUAGAAGCCAACAAAGAGCCAUUCAAGCGCAAGGUCAGAGAUGCUCAACGGCAACGCAACGACGCGAGGGAUCAGAUCCAGCAGUGCAUACCUGUGCUGGAAGAAAAGGUGACACAACUCAUGCUACAACUUACAGGUGAAACUGCCUUUGAAGAAGAUGGUGCGGCGAGUAACGUUGACGCUUCAGCUGCGGCAACGGGAACAACGAAUCCCAAGACACUCAAGCACAGUGACAGCUCUCAAAGUGAUGACCGCAAACCGGCUGCUAGAAGGUAGUUUUCGUUGGACCUGCUGGGCCAUUUUAACGAUACUAGUACCGGUAUAACCAAACGAGUCUAGAGUCUGACGAAUAAAUCUAUCGAGCUAAAAUGUUUUUCAUUGUG